GAGGUGAUAAUAGUUUCGUGUAGCUCAGUUGGUAAAGCAUGACGCACACAACGCCAGGGUUGUUGGUUUGAUACCUGCGCGGGACCAGUACGAAAAUGUAUGCAUACGCUAAUGUAAGUCGAUCUGCGUCUGCUUAAUGAGUAACAUGUUAAACAAUUAAGACCUAAUUCAGGACUUAACUCCAGUCUUGACCGUAUAAUGUCAGUUGCAUGCUACGUCAUCAAGCUACCGAGGUGGCUGACUAGCUGUUGUUGUUGAAGAAGACUUAAUUAAGACCUAAUUCAGGACUUAACUCCAGUCUUGACCGUAUAAUGUCAGUUGCAUGCUACGUCAUCAAGCUACCGAAGUGGCUGACUAGCUGUUGUUGAAGAAGAAGCGUCCUGUUCACUAGAAGAGCGUCUGCUAAAUGACUUAAAUGUAAAUGUAGAUUACACGUCACGCUAUAAUAUAUAUUUUACUCAACUGCGUUUUACUCCAGUCAGCAAAAAAGCAUUGUGGGACUUUAGGCCGAUGCUGCUGGUGUGACGUAUAAUCUAGUGGACGGAACUCUUCUUUCAACAGCAGCAACAGUUCGUCAGCCACCUCCGUAGUUUGCUAGACAAAUUAGCCGAACCAAUAAAGCUCUUUAGACGCUUUAGUGUAUAUUAGACACAGUUUUUUAAACACACUUCUGUCGUCUAGUUAGUUAUCCACUUUAAUGUGAUAUUUGCGGCGUUGUUAUUAGUCAGCUAGUGGGCUUGUUAAGUUAGCAUUAGCCUAGCUAGCUAACAUCUCUGACCAUGAGUUCACUAAGCUUCUCUCCUCCUGCUAAAGAAGAGGCGGUCUGCUGGACGGAGAAAGAAGCUCUGGUAAAAGAGGAAGAGGAGGAAGAAGAAGCUGUUACAGUAAAAAUAGAAGUAGAGGGUGAAGCUGUUAUAGUGAAAGAAGAAGACGCGUUCAGAGUGAAAGAGGAAGUGGAUGUUACAGUUAAUAAAGAAGAGGAGGCAGAGAAAGAGGCUGCAGUUUAUGGAGUGAAAGAGGAGGAGGGGGAGAUGACUGUUACAUCGAAAAAGGGGGAGGAGGAAACUGGAUAUCUGGGCCCCGUUUCCCAAAGUUAUCUUAAGGCGUCUAGGCAUGGUUCUACAUAUGAAGUUAGCCGUGAAAAGCUUUUGGGAAACCGGGGCCUGAAAAAUACUAGAGAAGGAUGUGACUAUCGUGGAUCCUCUGGGGAGCCUCAACAACAGGUUGAUGCUGAAGAGACAGAGAAGAGUCUCUCCACAUCAGAACACCUCAAACACCAGUGGAGACCCACAGGAAAGAAACCUCACCGCUGCUCUGACUGUGGGAAGAGAUUCCCCUCUUCAGCUGACCUUAAAAGACAUCUGAGAAUCCACACGGGAGAGAAACCUAAUAGUUGUGAUCAAUGUGGGAAGAGUUUUAGUGUUACAAGCAGCCUGAAAGCACACCAGAGAACACACACAGGAGAGAAACCUUACAGCUGUUAUCAGUGUGGGAAAAGUUUUACCUCAUCUAGCCACCUGACCAUACACCAGAAAACACACACAGGAGAGAAGCCUUAUAGCUGUGAUCAAUGUGGGAAGAGUUUUGUUACAUCUAGCUGUCUGACCAUACACCAGAGAAUACACACUGGUGAGAAACCUUACCACUGCUCUCACUGUGGAAAGAGUUUUGUUAUCUCAGGAAAUUUAACAUCACACCAGGAGAGAAGCCUUAUAGCUGUAAUCAAUGUGGGAAGAAUUUUUCUCACUCAGGCAACCUGAUAGCACACCUGAGAAUACACACUGGAGAGAAACCUCAUUGCUGCUCUGACUGUGGGCAGAGAUUCAUCUUUUUAGCAGAUCUUAAAAUACAUCAGAGAAUCCACACAGGAGAAAAACCUUACCACUGCUCGGACUGUGGAAAGAGUUUUGUUUCAUCAAAACAUUUAAAAUCACACCAGAGAACACACACAGGAGAGAAGCCUUAUAGCUGUGAUCAAUGUGGGAAGAGAUAUGGAACAUCUAGCAGCCUGAAAACACACCAGAGGGGACACACAGGAGAGAAACCUUAUAGCUGUGAUCAAUGUGGGAAGAGUUUUGUUACAUCUAGCAGUCUGACUAUGCACCAGCGGACACACACAGGAGAGAAACCUCAUAGCUGUAGUCAAUGUGACAUGAGAUACUCUGAUAAAAGAUCUCUGAUUAAACAUCAGAAAAUACAUACAUGAAGAUACAUACACGUUUUACCAGAUCUGACCAUCUGACUAUACACCAGAGAAUACACACAGGAGAGAAAGAGAAAAGAGAGAGAGAGAAACCGUUUAGCUGUGAUCAAUGUGGGAAGAAGUACUCUGAUAAAAGAUCUCUGAUUAAACAUCAGAAAAUACAUGAAGGAGUUGUUUCAUGAUAUCAAUGAAAUAAUGUUACAAUAUAGAAUGUUUUAACAUUGUAGUAGGAGUAUUUUAAUGAUGUCACAAUGUAGAAUGUUUUAACAUUGUAGUAGGAGUAUUUUAAUGAUGUCACAAUGUAGAAUGUUUUAACAUUGUAGUAGGAGUAUUUUAAUGAUGUCACAAUGUAGAAUGUUUUAACAUUGUAGUAGGAGUAUUUUAACGAUGUUCUGUUGAUUUAAGUGUCAUGUGGAUAUGAGCCUCAUCAGGGGAAAAAUCCAGGCUCUGUAUUGAAAGAGUAUUAUUUAACCAAAAAAGUGUUGCGUUACACUUACCUCGUUGGCAACCCACUUGAAUUAAAAUGCAUCACUUCAAAAUGUA